ACGGGGGUCGCUCGACCUUCGCGCUAGCAGUGGCCGGCGGGCGCGCGUGCGACGGACAAACAGGCACGCGGCGCCCCCCUCCCACCCCUUCUCUCUCUCAUCAUAUCGAAGGGGAGGCAGGAAGGCGUUGUUCAUCCGGCGAGGAAGGAAGAAGCGAAGGAUUGCUGGAAGGAAGUGCGAGAGGAGUAGCUUCCUGGCGAUCGGCGACGACGCUGGACGCAGCAACGAUCCCGGCCCGGCCUGGCCACCUGUACAAACGGCGUCAUUUAGCUGGAGUAUGCUAGAGGGCUGCGGCGGUGGGGCAACAACUGCUCUGGGUGAACUUCAUGGCAAGCUUGUGAAACUGGAAGCCGAGCCUCGUUCUGCCGCAGCCUUCCUCGAAGACUGCUGGGCUGCCCCUCGAUACGCGCCUCCGUCUUCAUCACAUCCACCGCCUCCCCCCGUCGUGCCACCGACUUCGGGCCUUCGGCACCGCUAUGGCCCGGCCAGCCCCGCUGAAGCACCCCUGCACCACGACAAGACUCUGGCAUCCUCAGCCGUUGAGCCUUCCCUCAUCGCCUCCUUUCGCGACAGAUACUUGGGCGCUGCAGGAUCGGCCUUCGGCGGCAUGGGAUCUCUUCUUGGUCCACCGGCCUAUUUGAACGAGCCAAAGAGUCCAAGCGGCGGUACACUGGGCAGCCAGGUGCGUCAGACCGCAACGACACCCACUGCCCGUGGAAGCCCAUCGAGCCCGCAGGGCGCAGGGCAUUCCCACAGGGCACACCACGCCACAGAAAAGCGAAGUACGUCUGCCGUAUCUACGAUUGGAAACGGCACAAGCAGCAACAGCAGUAGCAGUAACAAGUCAUACCAAGGUCAGCAUGAUACGCAUCCAUUGAGGCUCACUAAAACUGAAACUUCCUAUAAAGCAGCAUGGGGGACGCCGUCACCGACUCAAGCACAAGGUUACCCGCACAACGCCCUGCCAGCUAUGCCAAAGAAUGCUCUGGACGCCCACGCCCACACGCACCUCCGAAACAUGCAAGAUCCAUACCAGAUGUUAGGAGCCACAAGCAGCCGCCUAGCCAGCUCAGGAAGCGGCCAGAUCCAGCUGUGGCAGUUCCUGCUGGAGCUGUUGUCGGACUCCUCCAAUGCCAACUGCAUCACGUGGGAGGGAACAAACGGAGAGUUCAAGCUCACCGACCCGGACGAAGUGGCUCGCAGAUGGGGGGAGCGAAAGAGCAAGCCCAACAUGAAUUACGACAAGCUCAGCAGGGCGUUGCGCUACUACUACGACAAGAACAUCAUGACCAAGGUGCACGGCAAGCGUUACGCCUACAGGUUCGACUUUCAGGGCCUGGCUCAAGCGACCCAGCCUCCCUCAGCGGCAGCCGCAGCCGCCGACCCGGCCGCUUACAAGUACCACCACCAUCAAUCUUCAGCAGAUCUCUUCGGCUACCAUACCAGUCCCAAGCUGAACUUUCCUUCAACGACUGCGUCACUGUUUCCAUCUCCGGCGCCAUACUGGACGUCACCCAACAAUCUGUACGCGUCAUCGCACCACUCUAUGCCCCAUCCAGGCCACAUAGGCUCGUAUCCGCAUUACGCGUGACCGAUCCACCGUGUCCUGGUACAGGACAACGUGUGGCCAACACUCGACUAUGGUGGUGGACGCUAAGCGCGGGUUGACUACAUUGGACGUCUCAAGAGGGACGAAACAUGUGCAUCACUUUGGACAGUUCGGCUUAUGUUGGGCUUAAUCAUUUUGGAUCCUUCUGCUGAAGAAUGUGCACGCUGUUGAGUGACUAGAGAGGAUUAUGUACUAUUAUUUGAAAUGUACUGGAAGGAGGGAGAUUUUCUAGUCAUUACGUAUGUACUGCCGUUAUGUCCUUUGAAAGAGAUUGCGGGCAUUUUUAACGGCGCUGUAUUUGCGCACGAUUGCGAAGCAGAAUCCAUAAUUUGGUUCACGGUGACUCUAGGGUUGGCGCAACGGAUAUAAUUGCGCUUUCAAAUUUCCACCGAGCCAGUGUGGAGAGACCUCCGCAUGCCAAAGGCCAAGCCUUAUUUCGAGGAAAUUUAUGAAAGCAUAGAUUCACUUUUUUGGAACGGACCUAUACAAGCAUCCGGUUUUGGCAUUUGAUUCAUAACGUACUUGGCUCUUUGUGAGCCGUAAUGCGGUGCAAAAGUCAAUAUUCAAUCAAAUUUCUUUGGGAACUUUCGCGCGCGCGUUAGGUACAGCUCGCGAAAUAGGCUAAUACGUAUCCGAGCAAUUACGGAUAUAUUGUCGCAAACCGUCGGGCUAAAAUCUGCCCUCUAUGGAACGUCCGAGAACUAACGAAUACCACGCACUUAGUUCAUGCACAGGAAGGGUUACCUGCCUUCCAAAAUAUAGGCGUCUAACAAAGCCUCUUACCCCAGAUGAGGACUCCAAACAUCUACGGGCCGCCAAAUAAAAAAAAGGCCGGUCAAUUAACGACAACAACAAGUUAUAAAAACACGAAGCCGUGACGUGAUAGGUAAUAGCUCUAGUGACGCAGCCUUACAAUAUGCUGCAAAUCUCUCAUGAACAUAUAGAUACAUUUCAUGAGCCUCAACACGUGACUUGCGAACCUCGGCACGUUUUAUGGGUGGGCAGUCGUGGCUUUACGGCAUCUGUGCAGGAAGACGCUGACUUGCAGAUGCAUCGGGUAACCCUAAGGCUUGAGAUGUUCUUGUCGUAAACAACAGCCGUUGCACAGCCACGACAACGUCCGUCAUAUCGAAUGUGCCGCAGGACGACUGCUGACUUCAAAGGAUGGAGUCGGAAUCAUGUGUAGCCGUGACUUGAAUGGGAGAGAUUUUAUGCUGUAGCUACGAGGCAAAGUUAAGGAUUAUUUUCGGGCUCACAGAUAGGUAGUCUUGGAACCGGCAUGUCGUCCCACCAUAUGUGAACUGGAGCUGCUGCUUGUUCAUAUUAUUGCACAAUCCGUAAGAGACCGUGGGUAUUUCCUUACAAAACUGUACCUAUUUGUAGACAUGUUUUGGAAUGAUGAGGCUGCCCGUAACUACGGUAUAAAAUCUCUCUCCGCGUCACUUCACUGACUUGCUGUUGCAAAUCCAAUGAAUAUACUGUAAUAUAACUGCUGCCGAUCUAAAUGAUCGACUCACAGUGGUCGCUUAUAGAUCCCUCUAACAAAAGCACAAGAGGGGGGCAAACACUGUGUUUGCUUGUCAACCUUGCAAUAGGUUUGUACCGCGAAUGGAGACUGGGCACAGCAUCUGCUGCGAUACGUACAAGAAGAGAAAACAUUUCCCAUAUGUGCCAUCCAAAUGGCGCAGUGUGUUGUCCGAAUUAUGCGUAUGGUCCCCCCACAGACGUUUCUCGUCCGUUCCGAACUUAAGAGUUGGAUGCGGCAACGUUCUUUCGCUCUUAGUUUUGUGCUAGUCACGAAAUAUUCUUUUAUAAUUUGUUACGUGUCGAACUGUACUUGAACGUGCCGAAACUGAACAAUGAUAUGUUACGCCAGCGUGUAAUAUAUUUAUGUACAGAAAGAGAAACGGCGUGGCGGCAACUUAGUGCGGCAUUGCUGCGUAUCACUCGGAGAACUUAAGACACAAAGCAAAUAAUACCACGCCUGUAUGAUACUGCUGUAUUAUAUUUCAGUGUUGUUGUUUAACUUAUUUUGUGUGACAAUAAAGGAACUGGCGGUCGUUUCACAGCUA